UAAUAUCUGGGGUUGCAUCCAUGGAACCCAGGAACACGAUCCCCGGUUCUGAUCUUUUCUAGCAGUCCAAGACCCAAGACCACCACUGCUACGCCGCCUCCUGCUACCGGAACUGAAUUUAGUUCCCAAGCGGCCCAUCCUGCUCCCCUGCAUAAGUAGUAUAGAUCUGCAGGCUGCGGCUGCGGCACUUGAAGGCCCGAAGAGAGUUCUAUCCGGAGGUUUAUAACUCGGGGAGUGCCUACUUUCUGUCAUCACCAUAUUUGGAAACCUGUGGCGUGAGGUGUGGUUGCUGCUUAACGAAGGAAAAGGACUUGAUCGAAGACCACGUGCCGCCAAUAUGUCCUUGUCAACGAACGUCGACCCCGAUUUAAGAAUCCUCGAACCGGAGCAUCUGCCACUAGCCAUCAUCAUCAUAUCAUCCGUCUUCCUCGUCAUAUCGGUGUUAUGUGUCGGUGUACGAACGAGCGUGCGUCUCGUUGAGGGCACAUUCGGCCUGGACGAUGGACUGAUGCUCGCGGGAACGGUGGUUUACGUACCAAGCGUGGGACUGACGAUAUACGGCUGCCUCGUUGGGCUAGGCACGUUGCAAGAAAAGCUCAACAUGUGGAUGUUCUCGGAGGCCCUCAAGAUCUACAUCAUUUGGAUCUUGAUAUACGUCGUCGCCCUCGCCCUCGUCAAGUCUUCCGUCUGCCUCACCAUCCAACGAAUCAUCACGACGAACAAUGCUCUGCGCAUCACGGUCUGGGUCCUGCUCGGUGUCACGUGGGCUUCUUUCCUGAUCACCUUUAUCGGAACGCUGUUAUACUGUCACCCAGUCGAGGCCAUUUGGACGCCCACGAUGAUUCUCAGCGGCGAGGGAACGUGCAGCUCUGUUGAUGUUCUCAUCGCCAUCGGCCACGUUGCGACGAGCUCGGCUAUUGUGACGGAUCUGGCUUUGGUUGUUGUGCCUGCUAUCAUUCUCUGGGGCACGCAGAUGAAGACGCAGACGAAGCUCCAGGUUUUUGGACUGUUGUCCUUUGCCUCGGUGGCAUCUAUCAUCACCAUGGUCCGUAUCCCCUAUGUCAACAAAUUCAAAGGCCAGACAGACCUUCAAUUCUGGGUCGCCCAUACAAUGCUCUGCUCCAACAUCGAGACCGGAAUCGGCUGCAUCGCCUCAUCGGUCCCCUCGCUACGCCGUUUCAUCGCGCGAACCCGCGGCACGUCGGAAAAGACGAACCCGAGCGGGAGCGGGACCAAAACGGGUCUCUUCACCAUCGGAAGCAAGCCGCUUGAGCCCAGGAGCCGCGACCGAUUCCGCAACCCGACCGACGUGGGCUUCAGCCUGGCGACGGUGCACGGCAGAGGGGACGAGACGUGGGAGCGCCUCCAGGACGGCGACUCGGAUAAGGGGGAUUUGCUGCCGAGUGACCAAAAGGGCGGCAUUCACGCGCAGUACACAUAUCAAGUUGACAUUGAAAUGUCACACGACAUGAGAGGUUCAGGAGGUCGUUCUGGGCCUAUGGAUCGUCACUGAAAGAAGGGACGUGAAUAGCCGGGUGGAUGUUGGAAUGUCAAAGGUACGGAU